GCCGCGCGGUGAGUCAAGAUGGAGGAGCGCAGCGGCCGCGGGAGAACAAUGUUUAGACGCUGAAGACAGAAACAAACGACCGAGCUGGGAGGUAAAUAAAGCACCGCCAGAGCGAGCGGUGGUCAUGAACUGAGAUACUUUUCAGGGGUGCCAAAAGAUACAUCACAGCCAUGAUUAUAACGUGAUGCCAUUCAGAUUUUCAAGAUUGAGCCACAGAGGGCCUGCAAAGCUGUUGGAAGUGAACAGAAAUAAGAUCAGGAUGGAUUCAGAGCAUAUUCCAGGAAGACUGGGUGCAAGAUGGAAGAACUGACCCCAGAUGGGAUGCCAUCCCAGGAUUUAGGAUAUCAUCCGUUAGUGUGUACUACGUUCUAGCAGUAUGAAGAUGAGAGCGGCGGCCCUCUUUUGAAGACCCCGUCGUUUCAGCGUCAUUCCGCUCUGUCCAAGCGCCUCCACCAUGAGCCUCAUUCAGGACAAGCUGGGAAGCGAGUUCCUGCGGCCGGGCGGGGGCAUGGAGGCCGGCUUCAGUCCGGGCAUGCUGAUGUUCAGCCACCUGCCGCCCGUCACCAGCUUCACCCGCCUGACUGGACAGAGCGUCAUGGCCGAGCUGCAGCCACACGAGCUCGUCCUGAAGAAGGAGCGCCACUCGCCCGACUGCGAUGUCUCAGGAGGAGGAGGAGGACUGGUGUCCGGAGCAGGGAUGAUGCCAGGGACGGGCGAAUACAUGCCUGCUAUGGGCAUUAAGCAGGAGAAGGUGUCGGAGCUGGACUACAGGCAGCCCAUGUAUCCGAGCGACGGGGGGCGUGGUGGCACUGAGAUGCUGGAGAUGACCCUCAGCAACCAUCAGAACCUGCUGGUACACGACCUCAGCAUGGGGAACCUGUCGGGGAGGCUGGGAAAGGACUCCUCAGGGAGGAAAGGUCGAAGGUCAAAUGGUGACGGACAGGAGGGCAAGACGCGACGGAAACGAGGAGAAUCGAAGUCCGUGAUGCUGGAUCCUGAUGGAGGGAUGGUGUCACCCAGCUCUAAACCACACAUCUGCGAGCACUGCAGCGCAGCCUUUCGCAGCUCCUACCAUCUCCGCAGACACGUUCUCAUACACACGGGUGAAAGGCCAUUCCGGUGUAAUCAGUGUAAUAUGAGCUUCAUUCAGAAAUACCUCCUGCAGAGACACGAGAAAAUACACAGCGGAGAGAAGCCUUUUAGCUGUGACCAGUGCAACAUGCGCUUCAUUCAGAAAUACCACAUGGAGAGACAUAAACGAACACACAGUGGAGAAAAGCCAUACAAGUGUGACACCUGCCAACAGUAUUUUUCCAGGACAGACCGGUUGUUGAAGCACAAGCGGACAUGUGGAGACGGCAUAAAGAAGGAUUUGGACGGAGUAGAGAUCGAGCUGGGCAGGGAGGCCCACGGCGGGCAUGGCAGCUACGCAAUCACUCAGGGAAACGUGACCACACCAGGCCGCAAACGAGGCAAGUCCAAAACUGGUGGCGAGGGUGGCAAACGCAAGAGGGCGUCAGGGCCCUCACACAGUCAGGGGACAGAGGGGUAUGGCCUGCACGAUUUUAACACUGUGGACAACCAUGGACUCUCACUAUCAUCAUCAACAUCAGCAUCCCAUCCAGGGCCCAGCAUGCACGGAGAACCUGUGCCAGCACCCAAAAUGGCAUUUAAAAAGGGCCACAGGAAAGCCUUGGAGAAAAACGCCCAGUCCAAGCCUGGCAACAUGGAGCUGACUGGCGACACAAGCAUGGAUGACAUGGGCCUUCUCCAGGGCCACAAAGCAAUCCAAAGUAGCAGCAACAACAGCGCCAACUAUGAUGAUGCCAUGCAGUUCCUGAAGAAGCGGCGCUACCUGCAUGUGACCAGCAACGGCGGGAUAGGGGGUGGAACUUCUGGCUAUGAUGUGGGUGUCAGCCACUUGCAGCCCCAGCCAGUUGUUGUUCAGGGCAUCGUGUCUGGAGUAAUGGAUGGAGACUCCUCGUUGGGACUCCUCGACUCGUCGCCUCUGGCUGACAUCAAGCCAGACAAGUCAGGAAUCCCAGAUGAAGUGCUACAAAGCCUGCUGGAGCACUAUGGCCACAAGCCCGAUGUGACCUUUGAGUUAUCCGACCCACAUCCUGUGGAACUGGAGCACGGCCCGGCCGAGGGUGUUGACCCAAUGGGUGCCGAGAGCAACCCAGGGGGUGGAGACAAAACGUCCUUAAUGCACGAGUACUCUCGCUUCCUUCUGCAGGCUCUUGAGAGGACAAGUCACAGUGGUGGCUUUGUACUUGGGCCGACACCUUCCUCCUCUUCCUCGUCCAGCGCUGUAGCUUCUUUCCCCACCUACACCACAUCGCCUUUGGAGUUCUCCUUUGGCCUCCCAGCCUCCUCCUCCUCUCCAACGCUCAAUUCCUCUGUGCCAAAGCCACACUUUGUUGGCUUGUUGGGGAGCUCGUCGCCUUCGCAGGGCUUCCAUCUGAGUGGCCUGGAGCCCACGGCACACUCCCAGCAUUCCCAGCAGCAGCUCACCCCAUCCCAGGAGCUGACGGAACAGCUGGAGAAACAACACACCAACUCUCCUCCUGCUCCUCCACACACCCCUAACACAAGCGCCUACCAGCUCCCGGCUCCAACCACUGACCUUAGUGGCCAGAAAGAUGGCCAAGGCCCCAAAAACGGCGCCACUGGCUUCUCAAUGGCCCCGGCCAAAGGCUCGUAUCAGAUCGAGAAUUUUGCUCAGGCGUUUGGGGGGCAGUUUAAAGGCGGGCGUAGGCCUUUGGUGUUCAGUACAGACUCGGGCGCAGACGUGGAGCAAUUCUCAGGGUACAGCAGCCUUCUGGCCAGCGUGAGCAACACCAAAAGCCCACAAAGCCAAAGCUACAACUGAUCCGGCUGCAGAGCUUCUGCUUUUUCAUUUUGUCUUUUGUAUCAUUGUUGUUAUUGUUGUUAUUAUUAUUAUAAUUAUUAAUUAUUUAGUUCUAUUUUAUUAUUAUUUUUGUAAUGCUUUUUUGUGUUUUCUUAAUUACAUCGUUGCCAUUUAUGAAAAUAUGAAAUUUCACCCCCAGUUGGCCUGCGAGCCCAAAAUGAAAUGCAAAUUUUUAAGUAUUUUUGAUUAAUUUCCUUUUUGGAAGGAAAGGCAUAUUUAGUAAUUAUUUUCCCUCUUUCGUAGUGUCGUAGAGACUGCUCUGUUCAUCGAUAGAACAACAUCAUGAAGCGAAAAUAGCGUAGCAGUGAACUGUCUGAAGUUUUUUUUUUUUUUCUCUCUUCCCUCUCUCUACCCGAUGAUGAUCAUGUUUUAACAAUGUAAGAUAAAUUUGAGGUAGAAAUGGCAGGGAGUAGCCCGGAAAAGGAGAAGGGGGGGAAACACCCAAAACAUUGUCUGUUACAAGAUUUAAAGUAUUACUCAGGUAAAUGUGUAAAGGUGUACAGGAGAAUUUUAUCAGAGGGGCAGCAAUAAUGCAUUGAAGAGGUGGACACUUUGCAAAUACAGAGAAGCUUUCUUUUAUUCUUUUUUUUUUUUUUUUGGGGUUUUAUUUUGAGUGUGACACAUAAUGAGAUGAAACUGCUGCCUGCUCUGUUUCACUGACAACACUUUCCACUUAGCUGUAUAGAGAUUAUGGUACUUUUAUGUCAAUGUGAAAUGCUCACAUUCUCUUUCAAUAAGGGCCAUAUAUAUUUAUAAGAAUAUCUAUAUGUACAAUACCAUAUGUAACCGUUUUGGGGAAUGGCAGGUGACAUUGGGGUACACAGUAGGGGGGAAAAGGGGAUGGGCCCGAGCAUGCUCUUUCCUCUAACUCCUUUGCCAAAUCCCCCACCCCAGUUUUUCCUCUUUCACCCUUGGAGAGCAGAGCCAAGGGUUGCUCACAAGAGGGCGCCGCGUGUACGUGCGCGAGUGCCUCUCAGCACACACCAGCUCAUAGGACUAUGCUGUGCCUCUUUCACCUCUGUCUUUUCCCCUCUUCUUCAUCUCGAAAAAGAGUCCAUUCGAGCACUUUGAACCUGUUCUUUUUUCAUACAGGAUGAAUCGACCCAGUCUGAUCAAGCAGGAUGUCCAUUCUGCAACAGUGGACAUUCUAUUUUUUUAAAAAAAAAAUAAAUCUAAAGUCAAUGAUUGGAAGACACGCAAGGGGAAAAGACCAGGAAAGGGUUUGCUUUAGUAAACCAGGGUGGGUGGGUUGGUUUGGGUGGGGGGUUUUAUAUGGAUAUGACGAGGUCUUACAUUUCUAGCAUGGCUUAGUGGGUAAAAUGGAGGGUGGGGUUGUUGUGUGUAUGUGUGUGUGGGAAGCGUGUUUAUUUUUUUGGACUUCUGGAUGUAUGUAGGGCAGGCCUAGAGUGGGAGGGAGUUUAAAUUUCUUUGGUAGUAUUGAAUCUGUCGAGUCUAAACGGCCCCUCUUAAAGACGCUGUGAUUUUCACAGGGCAGGUGAUCCAUAAAAGCGUACAAAACGUAACCAUUUCACAGUGCUGAAACUGUGUGAGCAUGCAGGGUGAAGUAUUAUCUUCAACUACAUUUCAUCUUUUUGUUUUGUACUGAAUAAUUUAAUUAAGUAUUAUUGUUUGUUGUUGUUUUUUUUUUUUUUUAAUAAGUAAGUGCAUUGUCUUCCGCCACUGCUGUUGGCUGCUGUCUCUGUUUUUAAAUCGGUCCUUUUGUGCUUUUUUCCUCAGUAUAGCUCUUUCAUAUGCACCUACUGAUUUCUUCAGACUGAACCCUCUGGAGGCGGAUAUCACGGGGAACAAAAAGUGACCACUAGAACCAAGUACUGUGUUUGUAGCAACCUAGGGUACUCGUAUGGCUGUUAUCAAUAAUGAUCCUCAUAGCUGAUCGCUUUAUACCUCAUAUCACUGAUGACACAAGCAGGGAUACAGGACAGAACGAGGCAUGCAUGUAGCAGGGACGAUUUGGCUUUAGUAGAGAAAAUCCUCACCUUUUCUUUCCUUUUUUGUUCAGUUUUUGUAGGGUUUACUCAGUCUGUCUAGAGACGGCCUUCUAGAGAGCAUGACCUCUCGAGUCUUGAAGUGGAUUUGGACUUAUAGAAAAAAUCCACCCUGAACAACUUGCAUAUCGACAUUUAUAAUUAAUAAAUAAUCUUCAUUAAUGUCCAAGAUUUUUUUACAACGAGAUUCUAGGUUGAAGCUUUUGGUUUAAACUUUGUUCACUUUGGUUAACGGUUUCCUACAUUACCCACAAUGCCGUUCGACUACCUGCCGAUAGUGUUGCAGUAGGAUUUAGCUCAUCAUCUCUCCCUAAAGAGAGUGAUGCAGCAGAGUUUUAGACCUUUAGUCUGUACCUGCACACGCUUUCAUGCUUACACUGUCAUCAGUGCAGUACCCCUUGUCAUCUUGUAGGUCACUAACCAACUGCAUGAUGUAUAGCUGCAUUGCGUUCUGGGGCCAGCGUUUGCUUCUGCACUGGAUUUCUUUUUAUUAUGACACUGAGCGUUGAUGGAAAAUGGUGAAUGAGAAAAGAAGCUCUUGCUCUUUUAUUUUUUUGGAGCUAACAGCAAACUCUGACCAUUAUCCAUUAUGUUUGAGAUCUGUGAAAUUUUUUUCCUACUAUUAAACCCCAUUGUAACUGCGCUAGAAAUGUCUACCUGUGAUGACAGUGCUACACACAACCACUAACCUCUCACAGGAAUAGAGAAAAUACAGCACCAGCCAACAGAUUAGCAACAGAAUCCGUAAAGACAUCACACAUAUUUCACUGUAAGCAUGUUUAAUGUGUUUCAGGGUGGAGUUUUCCUUGAACUAUGGCACUGAGACUGGAGCAGCUUUUUCUCUGCUCUUUUAACAAUAGUGGAGAUUUGGUCCACUUUUUUUUUACACUAAUCUUAAAUUUGUAUUUUGUGAGUUUCCAAAAAUACCUUUUAUGUUUGUCUCAGGUGGAAAUGUGGUGUAUCAGUAAAGAGAGGAAAUGGUGUGUAAAUGAUGAUGCAUCAAGUAAAAAUCUGUUCACCUUAAAGUAUGUGAUGGAAAACCAAAUUUGUAGUCUUUUGGUGAAGUUUUGCUGGCUGGACUUGUACUUUAAUCUUCACAACAUUUUGCUGGUUAUCUUUGGAAAUUUAUCAGUUCUGGUCUUGAAAUUGAAAAGUAUAAGUCCAGUCACCUAUGACCUGGAUGACUGAAAACAUUCACAGACACAUCGGCUUGCUUAUGCAUGAUUUACAGUUACAGAUUGAAUUAAAUUUGUCCACAUUUUAGCCAAAAGCCUUUGUUAUAAAUGCAGGGAAAGUUUUGGCCUCUCAUUCAGACUGGUAAACACCCAUAGUGUUCAUUUUAUGCUAAAAAGAAUCGCACGUUCUCUUCAAUGUGAGUUCUUUCUCUUAUCACCAAACCAAAAUGAUGUAUUCUUAUUGUUUACAUACAACGUACAAGAACACUAAGAUGUUUCUACCUUUUGUUGUGUUUUUUUUUUUUUCCCCUGCCCGUUUUGUCACCACACCAAAAUUUGUAGCUCACGUUCCUUCUGUCUUAUUUUAUUACAGAUUCUUGUGAUCUGACUCACAGGGCUAUACCUGUCCCUUUGAAUUUAUUAUUGAUUAGGGGUUAAAAAAAAUAAAAUGCUGUUAUCA